AUGCCUGCGCGCACUCGUCAAGGCCCCUCCGCUGCGGCGGAGGUCGUGGAAUCAGAAGAGAUAUCCGGUGGCCUUCGCCGCCUCAGAUUCAAUGAGCCAAUUUCAUGGCGCGUUGGGCGAUCGGCUAUCCCCAUUGCAGACCUGCUGCAGCGCCUGCAGACGCUCGCGCAAGAGCUUCGCAAGCUGGAACAGGAGGAGGUGGAGAAGGAUUCUCUCCAGAAAGUCUCUCAGGAGCUAGCAACAGCUCAGCUUCUCGCACAUAAGGACAAGGGGGUAAGAGCCUGGACGGCCUGCUGCAUUGUCGAUGUUUUGCGCCUCUGCGCCCCUGACGCGCCCUUCACCGGAUAUAUUUACCUGAUCGUGACCUCCAUUAUCCCCGCAUUGGGGGAUCCCUCUAACACGUAUAAUGCUCAGCAUAUCUAUGUGCUAAACUCACUAGCAGAAGUGAAGAGUAUCGUUUUAAUGACAGACCUCGAUCACCCGGAUGCUUUAAUUAUUCCGUUAUUUACUACUUGCUUUGAUAUUGUCUCUGGUUCUUCCAAAGCUUCCACGGGCGAGGACAUCGCGAAGAAUGUUGAAUUCGACAUGACCCGCCUGCUUGUAACGGUGAUCGAUGAGACGCCAGUACUUGCUGCAGAUGUUGUGGAUGUUAUCGUCGCCCAAUUCCUGCGCAUCGACCCACGUGCUCUGGAGAACCCUAGCAGGAGAGGGAAGAAGGCCGAUACUCCGGUCGACGCCAAACAGGGAACGUUACUUUUGAAGGACUACCCCCCAGCCCAUAUUAGCCAGUAUUUCAAUAAUGUCAUCAUCGAUGCCUCUGCGACAGGAGCGAACGGUCCGUCGAAGAACUCUCAUCGCCGACCCAAUCUUGAUGAUUCAGACGAAGAAGGGGAGGAUAUUAAAGAGCUGAGCAAGGCACACCGUUUGAUUCGAGAACUUUGGAGGGCCUGUCCCGAGGUGUUACAGAAUGUGGUUCCCCAGCUGGAGGCAGAACUGUCCGCAGAGUCCGUGUCUUUGCGCCUGCUAGCUACGCAGACAAUCGGUGACCUCACGGCUGGAAUUGGAGUUGCUGGGCCACCAUCCCCUCCACCAAUGGAUCCUGCAGCCUAUCCACCGGUGACCUUGUCAGACUAUUCGCAGACCAUCCCCCAGCCAAACGUUCUUGUACAGCCAUUCUCGCCCAAGCCAUUCUCGCAGGCGCAUAGCUCCACAUAUGAGGGCUUCCUGAGUCGACGAUUGGACAAGUCUGCCUCAGUAAGGGCCGCAUGGGCCACUGUGGUUGGUCGGAUAUUGUUAACGUCGGCCGGUGGCUCUGGCCUGGCCGAAAGUGAGGAGCAGAUGCUCAUCAAACACCUGGCAUCUAUGCUUCGAGAUGCAGACGAGAAGGUCCGAGUAGCAGCAGUCGACGCGGUGGGUACAUUUGGUCUGUCUCACAUUGUUCACAAAUUGGGCGCCAGUGGCGGCUUUUCAUCCCAAGAUUCUAUACUUUUUAUCUUGGCGGAGCGCGUCAAAGAUCGAAAACCACAGGUCCGGGAACAUGCCAUGAAAACCCUGGGCCGGAUGUGGGCAGUUGCGGCAGGUGAAAUUGAGCAAGAUAACGAGCAAGUAGUAUCCUUGUUCAAGGACGGGCCGUCAAAGAUCUUUGAUGCGUUUUACACAAAUGACAUGGAUAUCCAUGUGCUGAUCGAUCGCGUUUUGUUUGAGAUCCUUCUUCCGCUUAGCUACCCACCGAUAAAGCCUAAACUAUCGCGGAGUAGCUCGACGCAGUCUCAAAGACUGAAAGACUCACAGACGUCAGAGGGCGAUAAUGAGACAGACGUUGACAAGAUCCGCGUCCGUCGCAUCUUAACCCUAAUUAGUGGAUUGGACGACAAGGCAAAGAAGGUUUUCUUUGCAAUGCAGGCCAGGCAAAUUCAGAUGAGGACAGCUGUGACAGUCUAUCUCCAGGCCUGCGAAGAGUAUAAUGGUGGUGUGAUGGAGAAAGACGACGAACGGAUCACAGCUCAAAUCAGUCGAGUGAUUGAUACAUUGUCAAAGCUCUUUCCUGAUGCGUCAAGAGCUUCCGCAGAUCUUUGGAAAUUUGCCAAAGUACAUGACCGUCGCAGCUACCAGUUGGUUCGCUUUGCAAUGGCCGCGGUCAGUGAUUACCGAACGGUUAUCAAGGCCAUCAAGGAGCUCGCACGCCGAUUGCAAAGUUCUAACAACUCUCCUUUACUUGAGACUCUGACCCCCCUUCUUUACCGCUGUAGCUCCCUUGUUUUCAACCGGAGCCACAUUCCGGCAAUUAUAAGCCUUUCGCGGACAGAUGAGAAUGGAUUGGCAAGCCCCGCACAUGAAAUGUUGCGGGAGAUCUCAUCCCGGAAUCCUGAGGUAUUAGAGGCUCAGGUUCAAGAGAUGUGCAAGGACCUCGAAUCGCAAGCACCAUCAGCUGAAACUAGUAAGGAUACUGGAACCGAAGAGAUCCUCAAGGCUUGCUCUGGGUUUGCAAAGAAGCUCCCGGCGAAGCUGCCCAAAGAGCGCAAGUUUUUCCAGGCCCUUGUCAACUAUGCGUUGUAUAGCCCAUCACCUCGGGCUGCCAAGCACGCUGUCUCAAUCCUCAUGGCCACUGCAGAUCGCAAAGAGAUGUACGCUAAGGACCUGGUCCAGAAGUGUGUUUCUAAGUGGAAAUAUGGAACAGAUCGAUUCCUCACCAAGUUAGCUACGCUAUCUCAGCUGAACCUCUUAGCCCCAAGGGAGGCAGAUGAGGAGAGUGACGCCAUAAUCUCUAUCGCUGUCAAUAAAAUCCUCUUGACAAACCGGUCUCCGAAGCCAGAAGACAACUAUAUAUGGUCAGACACCAUGGAUGAUGAAACUGCUGCUAAAGAAUGGGCUCUCAAGAUUAUUGUCAACCGUUUACGCGCCAAGGGAGGCUCUGACGGUGAAGACGAUUUCCGUGCUCAUGCCGAACCUGUUUAUAGUACUCUCAACAAACUUGUGGUCGGUGAGGGAGAGUUGUCAAAGAAAAAAGACACACCAGGAGGGCAAAAGUCACGAUUACGUCUUCUGGCCGCUAAGUCAUUACUCAAAUUAUGCGCAUCUCAUAGCAUCUGUGACCAUUUACUUGCGCCUCAAGACUUCAAUGCUCUUGCUCUAGUCGCCCAAGAUCGUCUUGCGCCUGUAAGGAUUGGGUUUAUCAAUGAACUCAAGAAGAAACUGGUACCAAAUUCGCGCUUGAGUCACCGUUGGUAUAUCAUCACAUUCCUGCUCGCGUUUGAACCAAAUGCUAGUCUGAAGGACAGCACUUUGACAUGGUUGCGAUCCCGCGCGACCUUCUUUUCUCAAAAUGGUGGCAAGAAGAACGACCCAGUUAUGGAGUCCAUCUUUUCGCGCUUGUUGUCGCUACUAGCUUAUCAUCCUGACUACCCCCCUAAAGAAUUGGAUGAGGAAACGAAAGCUCGCGAUCUGACUGACUUUGGCCGCUACAUUCUCUUCUAUCUCUCCGCGGUAGCUAAUGAACGUAACCUCUCGCUCAUUUUCCAUAUCGCCCAACGUGUCAAGCAGACACGUGACGGUAUUACCAAGUCCGAUGAAAUCACCACACGUCUGCAUACGCUUUCGGACCUGGCUCAGUCUACCAUUCGCCGAUUCGCCGAUAUUUACUCACAGCAGCGCCGGUUCGGCGGCGGAGCUGGUGGCACUAAUAUUCUGCAGACGUACCCCGGCAAGAUGGGUCUCCCGAGCUCAAUCUUUGCCCCGAUGAGCAGCCACCGCGAAGCCCAGGAAGUAGCUGAGAAAAACUUCCUCUCGGAAGACGUUGAUGACCUGCUAGAUCGGCUCGUGCGGACCGUGAUGAGGUCAAAGGGCGGGUCACAAGGCCAAGCCGCGAAGAAGAGGAAGCCCGAGUCCACCGAGACAACCCGUGAAGCCGGAACAACCAAGAAAGUAAAGAAAGCUAAGGAGAAAGUUACACGGCCCCGGAAGUCCUCAGGCGCAACAUCAAGGACACCUAAGCGGAAGAACAAGGACGAAGACGGUUGGUCAUCAGAUGAGGGCGCCGCAAAAGCCAGCACUGCCACUGCCCGCAGACGCAGCAGCAGGGGUACUUCUCGUAGAGUCAGUUAUGCAGAUCACGACAGCGACGAAGAUGACGUUGAAAUGGAUGACUGGGAUCAGGAUGAAGACGAAGCUGAAGCUGAAGAAGAGGACAACGAAGAAAACGAAAACAACCAUGCAAACAACAAUCACGUCCAGGAUUCAGAAGACGACGACGGCAGCGACCUGUCCUCUCCUCCACCAUCACUACCUCCAUCAUCCCCACCACCAAGCGCCAAAAAAGCACGUGCAACAACCCUGCCCGCCCGACGCGCCUCUCGAAGAGGAUAG